UAUAUCAAUGUCAACCUAACCCAUAAUCGUCAACGUCAAAAUUUCCAGUACUAUCAUCUCACCAUCAUCAUCAUGUUUACGUAAGUCACACAUUCACCUUACAUGGUCAUCAUUCUAUGCCAAUUCUAGAAGACCAGUUCUGCAUAUUUGCAAAGUAUGAACAACGCAAGGAAGAUGGUACUACGAUCAGCCUUAUCCAGAUGGAUCUCUGGUUCAAACAAGCUGGAGUAAUCAGCAAAAGGAUUUCCGUAAGGGACCUGGCUCUUUGCUUCAACAAGGUGAAGGCUAGAAGGAUCAAUUUUAAUGAAUUUUGUUCGGUGAUUGAAGAUCUGGCCAAACAAAAGGGAAUAUCCGUGGAAGUAAUCAAAGCAAAACUGACAAAAUGUGCGCAACCCGGCAAAAAGAGAUCAGAUUUUAGCAAGAACAGCACCAGGAGUACCACCAAAAAUAUAGGUAACGUUGAAACACAGAAGGUGGAUGUUGGGGUCAACGUUAUAGUUGAACCCAAAAAAGAACAGACAAAAAAUAAUAAUAACAUUAAUGAGUCUGGUGUAGAAGGUUGAAAUAAUAAAACAGGUUCUGGAAUGAGCUGUACGCUUGAAUCUAUUGAAUUAUCUACUCAUUAGACAGGUCAAAAUACAGGGUAAACAAUACAAAGUGUCCCAUCCAUGCGAGGUCGGUAUAUUGCUUCUAAACAGAAAUUUCCAAAUAAGCUAUUUACGGGUUAUACAUGUAUUUGGAGGCAGA